AACAGGCCCACAAUGGGCUUCACAGUGCGCCUCGCCACGGCCCCAUCUGACGAGCGGCCAUUCAUCAGGCCGGCUGGCCUAUCAAUGACAUUGCUCCCAUCGGGGCUCCUAUAAAAUGAUGCUUUUUCCCAUGAAACAUCCGCAAACAUUUUGACGGGUUUGGCUUUGCCCGGCUGGAUUACUGAGUGUCCCCUCGCUCGCUCGCUUUUUCUCUCUCCCCCUUCACCGAGCUCGCUCCCUUCUCACCCUCUCUCUCCUCUUUUCUUCUUUCUCUUUUCUUUCCUCUUCUUUUUCUUUUCUUUUCCUUUCCUUCUUUAUCCUUGUGCCCCCUCACACUCUGCGUCUCUCUCUCUCCCCUUCUCCCUCCCUCACUCCCUUCCUCCCUGGGCAUCUCUAGCACAGGGGAUCCCCAAACAUCAGGACUUUUGGGGGGCGCCUGUGCUGUCCAUGGGAAGAGCAUGCAUUGUGGGUUACUGGAGGAACCCGACAUGGAUUCCACAGAGAGCUGGAUUGAAAGAUGUCUCAACGAAAGUGAAAACAAACGUUAUUCCAGCCACACAUCUCUGGGGAAUGUUUCUAAUGAUGAAAAUGAGGAAAAAGAAAAUAAUAGAGCAUCCAAGCCCCACUCCACUCCUGCUACUCUGCAAUGGCUGGAGGAGAACUAUGAGAUUGCAGAGGGUGUCUGCAUCCCUCGCAGUGCCCUCUAUAUGCAUUACCUGGAUUUCUGCGAGAAGAAUGAUACCCAACCUGUCAAUGCUGCCAGCUUUGGAAAGAUCAUAAGGCAGCAGUUUCCUCAGUUAACCACCAGAAGACUCGGGACCCGAGGACAGUCAAAGUACCAUUACUAUGGCAUUGCAGUGAAAGAAAGCUCCCAAUAUUAUGAUGUGAUGUAUUCCAAGAAAGGAGCCGCCUGGGUGAGUGAGACAGGCAAGAAAGAAGUGAGCAAACAGACAGUGGCAUAUUCACCCCGGUCCAAACUCGGAACGCUGCUGCCAGAAUUUCCCAAUGUCAAAGAUCUAAAUCUGCCAGCCAGCCUGCCUGAGGAGAAGGUUUCUACCUUUAUCAUGAUGUACAGAACACACUGUCAGAGAAUACUGGACACUGUAAUAAGAGCCAACUUUGAUGAGGUUCAAAGUUUCCUUCUGCACUUUUGGCAAGGAAUGCCGCCCCACAUGCUGCCUGUGCUGGGCUCCUCCACAGUGGUGAACAUUGUCGGCGUGUGUGACUCCAUCCUCUACAAAGCUAUCUCCGGGGUGCUGAUGCCCACCGUGCUGCAGGCAUUACCUGACAGCUUAACUCAGGUGAUUCGAAAGUUUGCCAAGCAACUGGAUGAGUGGCUAAAAGUGGCUCUCCACGACCUCCCAGAAAACUUGCGAAACAUCAAGUUCGAAUUGUCGAGAAGGUUCUCCCAAAUUCUGAGACGGCAAACAUCACUAAAUCAUCUCUGCCAGGCAUCUCGAACAGUGAUCCACAGUGCAGACAUCACGUUCCAAAUGCUGGAAGACUGGAGGAAUGUGGACCUAAACAGCAUCACCAAGCAAACCCUUUACACCAUGGAAGACUCUCGCGAUGAACAUCGGAAACUCAUCAUCCAAUUAUAUCAGGAGUUUGACCACCUCUUGGAGGAACAGUCUCCCAUCGAGUCCUACAUUGAGUGGCUGGAUACCAUGGUUGACCGCUGUGUUGUGAAGGUGGCUGCCAAGAGACAAGGGUCCUUGAAGAAGGUGGCCCAGCAGUUCCUCUUGAUGUGGUCCUGUUUUGGCACGAGGGUGAUCCGGGAUAUGACCCUGCACAGCGCCCCCAGCUUCGGGUCUUUUCACCUAAUUCACUUAAUGUUUGAUGACUACGUGCUCUACCUGUUAGAAUCUCUGCACUGUCAGGAGCGGGCCAAUGAGCUCAUGCGAGCCAUGAAGGGAGAGGGAAGCACUGCAGAAGUCCGAGAAGAGAUCACCUUGACAGAGGCUGCAGCGCCAACCCCUUCACCAGUGCCAUCGUUUUCUCCAGCAAAAUCUGCCCCAUCUGUGGAAGUGCCACCUCCCUCUUCCCCUGGUAGCAAUCCAUCCCCUGAGUAUACUGGCCUCAGCACUACAGGAGCAAUGCAGUCAUACACGUGGUCUCUCACAUACACAGUGACGACGGCUGCUGGGUCCCCAGCUGAGAACUCCCAACAGCUGCCCUGUAUGAGGAACACUCAUGUGCCUUCUUCCUCCGUCACACACAGGAUACCAGUUUAUCCCCACAGAGAGGAACAUGGAUACACGGGAAGCUAUAACUAUGGGAGCUAUGGCAACCAGCAUCCUCACCCCAUGCAGAGCCAGUAUCCGGCCCUCCCUCAUGACACAGCCAUCUCCGGGCCACUCCACUAUGCCCCUUACCACAGGAGCUCUGCACAGGUGAGUCAGUGGUCCUGGUUUCUUGCCCAGACCUUGGUAUACUUGGUGCCAAAUCUGGUUAACACAGUUCGUAAACUGUUAUGCAUGCUGUGUGUGCAGCGUGUAUGUCCCCAAGGAGAGGACAGUCUUUUCAUCAGCGUCAUUUCUGGCCUCCAAUGGCUGGCCCACAGUGGGUGCUCGGCCAGCGUUCAUGCUCCAUUUGCUCUCACAUGCCUGGUUGCUAAACAGUUUGUUUUUCAUUCUAUCCUCUCUUUGACUUCUUCAUGCCAAGAUCUAAUCAGCCGCAUGUCUGCUGCCCUUUUUCGGGCAGCUACCCUCACCCUGGGCCUUGGGUCUCCUUUCCCAUCACCACUCUCCUGGUGCAGACCCUCAUGGAGUCUUGUCAGGACUGGUCUCUCAACAUCAUUCUAACUGGUCUCGUGGUGUCCCAUGUCUGCUCUUUUCAUCCAGCCCACACACGUAAUCUUAAGCGGAAGAAUCCUCCUGAAAUGGAUCCCUUUUCAAAUCACUCUCAGGCCCUAUAUCUCCUUGGGCUCCGCACUGUCUAAUAAGCCAAACCAGCCCUCCGUGGUCUGUGGGGAAUGGACAGGCCAUGGCACCUGGCUGCAUUUGGAAAACCACCGCUGGACACCCUAUCUGUCUAACACUUUCCUGUGCAUUGGCUCUGAUCCGACUGGUUGCCAGUUCCACUCUGCGUCCUAAGUAUCUCUGUAUGCCCUCUGUGCUCAUCUCAGCUCAGGCCUUUAUCAUAUCGAACCUAGAUGAAGACAGAAGCCUUCCUGAUGAUCUCUAUGCCUCUAAAAAGUGCCCCAUCUCUGGUUCAUCCCCGACACUGCAGCUAGAGGAGUCUUUCGGAAAAAACCCAACUGACCAUGAUACUUUAGCUGUCUUUGGCACAUCAUCGCUUUCCAGGUCAAGUUCAAUUCCUUAGUAUGUCUCUUAAGACUCGUUACCUUUUUGGCCUACUCACCAACUCCCUCCCUCCCCCUAGCCAUGCCAGCCCUCAUGUGGUUGUCUUGGAUGUGCCGAGUUCCUCCGUGUCUUUGUAGAUAUUGUUUCCUCGGGCUGGGUGUCUCUUCCCCAGUUUCUUCUGCUGGGCAUUCAUGACAAGCAUCUUGCUGUCUUUGCGGCAUUCCUGAAAGUACCCCCUUGCUUCCUCCAGGACCUUAUUAGGUGCCACUCCCUGGGUUUCCUCUCUCAGUAGCAUUUCUCACACCCUGUUAUCAUCACCAACUUUCCUGUUUGACACGCACAGAGACCCUAAGCUCCCUGAAGGCAAAGAUUAAGUCCGGUAUCCUCAAGUCACAGCACUUGGCACCUAUAAAAAGAGGAGCUACCUUCUCCUGAACACGUGCUAUAUGCCAGGCUCUGCGCUGAGCACUCUCCACAUCCCUUGGAUAACCCCUGCAGAAAAGGAAGUGAGACUCACAGUAACCUGCCUGAGGAGUUGAACCCAGGAGCUGUGACUCCUGUCCAGGCUCUCAGGCACCACCCCCUGCUGCCUCUCAGAUGCAGGCAUUCACUAAGUGUACACUGAGCAGAUGAGUACAUGGGAGGUGGCGUCAGCAUGAACAAUAGUACGGUGUGCUGAGCAUGCUCACUCUAUUCUGCAGGCACAGGAAGCUAGGGAGUGGUAAGAUCAGAGCUAUGAUUAACAAAGAGAGCUCUCAGGGUCUCAGAAUGAACCAAGAAGGGGGGCUGGUGGAGGCAGGGGGCUCUGCUCCAAAGCACUUGUAGAAGUUUAGGAAUGAGAUGGCAGGACGGACGCUAGCGUGGAGGCUGUAAUUACAUCAGCUGUUAGCACACAGACUCGUCUCUGAAGGAGGGCACCAAGGAGAACGUAUCCACAACACAUGGCACUCUGGGCAAACAGGUGUUUGUUUUGAUUUCCAUCUGCAGUACCAAGGGGAGCCCUGGUUUAAUCCCCAGACAAGCCAAGAAGUUGAUUCCACUAAAUCAUCACCUGGGGCAUUCAUUAUAGGUUUCCAACUGCGUCACACAGAGAUGCCAGCUCCUUAGGAGCUCCCUCUCUUGGGAGCACUCUGUGCUCCUCACUGUGAUCCACUGCAUGACUGAGAACGGCUGCAACAGCCUAGAUCACUCCACACACUCCAAGCAUCUCAUUCAUUCAUUCAUUUCUCAAAUGGCUCCUGGGUAACUACUAUGUGCAAGCACUGCACUAGCCACUAGGAGCACAGUGAGAAGGAGACAGAGCAUGCCUGCUUUGGUAGAGCUUAUGCUCCAGUGGGAGACAGCAUCAUCAAGCUACAACUCUGGGCAUUGUCUUCCCUCCUUCUUCACUUCCUCAUCCCCCCUCAUGAAAUGGCAGAAGCUGGUUUUCUGGGGUGAUAUUUUUAAAGCCAUUGCCAUAAAAAGAAGCCAAGGUCUCCUCAAGGCCCAUGAGGUCCCGCUCUGGAAGCCACAACAGUCCCCGACUGGAACACUGUCAUUUAAUAGCUGGUCUUAAUAGAAUGGCCCAAGGACACGCGAAAGCCCACGGAAGGGCCCUUUUAAUCCAGACAAGGUGUGAGAGUCCAAAGGGUCCUAGGCCAGGCUCUUCGCCACCAUGCCCUGUGACUCUUAGACGAGUGCCUCUGACACUCCCCUCAACACACACACUCCACACUUCGUGGUUUAUGCCUUAGUCUCCACAUGUAAAAUAGGGUGGAGAGAAAUUUAUUACAUCAGUCUCUACCUAGGUUGAUGAGUGAGGUCAGUGUUCAAAACGGGGUACCUCUCUGGGGGAAGGUACUGUCUAAAGACAAAGUAUCCUUUGUUUUGUUUUCAUUAACAUUUAUUCAGAGCACUGUUCUAGGCAUAUUUAAAUAUACAGACUCACUUAAUUGCCAUAACAACCUUGGCAAGAAGGCAUUUUUGGAGAUAGGCUCUCCCUCUGUCACCCAGGCUGGAGUGCAGCUGUGCAAUCUUGGCUCACUGCAACCUCCACCUUCGGGGCUCAAGUGAUCCUCCCACCUCAGUCUCCCUAGUACCUGGGACUAUAGGCGCAUGCCACCAAGCCCAGCUGAUUUUUGUGUUUUUGUAGAGACAAAGUCUUGCCAUGUUGACCAGGCAUGUCUCAAACUCCUGGGCUCAAGUGAUCCUCCUGCCUCAGCCUCCCAAAGUGCUAGGGCUACAGGUGUGAACCACUGCACCUAGCCUUUUCACUGUUUUUAAAGAUAAGUAGACUGCCUCAGAAGGUAAUGCGCCCCAGGCCAUGCAUCCAGUAAGGGACAAAGCAGACUCAAAUGCAAAUCCUCUAGCUCUCAAUCCCAAUGCUAAACCAGUGGUACUGAAUACUACUGUUUUGGAGAGUGGAAGGUAAAUUCAAGAAGUUACUGCUGCUAUUCUCAGUAAGUUUCAAGUUGCCAAAGAGAAGCACACACCCCAAGAUAACCUUAUUUCUUUCCUUUAUUGGUUUUUUGGUUUAAGGUUGAGCAUAGAGAAAAUCCACUGCAGGGCUAAUUAGUUUUAGCUUUCCAGAGCAGGGGUCAAGCUGUUCCAAUUCUGAGUAACUGAAUAUCACAAUUCACUACGUCAGACUCACCAGGGAAAAGGACAGUCUGAAUUGGAAGAAAAAUUGCAAGUAUGCAAUAUGGUUGGAGAAAUGCAAUUGGUCAUCAGCACAAAAGUAACUGAAACUACUGCAAAUCAAUGCCAGCUAGGUUUCCUUAGAGGGCUGAUACAUCUGUGAAGCACAGUAAUUAUAGGGGUCCCAGCAUUUCUAUGCUCAAAAUAAUUUUAAGUCAUUUGUUUUCAAAAUAGAAUAUGUGUAUGCCUUUAUUUACACUACUUAUUUGUAUAAUACAUACUUUCUUCCUGGGUAAUACAAAGGUAAGCCUCCCAGCCCUGCUUAGAUUCUUAUAACUUCUGACUUAGUCCAGAUGAAUGAGGUUUCACAGUGUAAGGUUUGAAUUAUUUUGGAAAAACAUUGCAACUGUGCUGCACUUGUUCACAUCAAAGUAAGCUGCCUCUUUCCAGGUUCCCCAUUCCCAGGUCCAACCGAAAGGAGAAAAUAAACCAGACCAAGUACAUAGCUACAAAAUCUUUCUGAGCCUCAUUCAAUACAUGUUCAUAGAACCUCUACCCUGUCAAGCAGCCAUAGUGGAACUGGGGCCCUUGAGCUCAAAAGCCAUUUGAUCACACUUAGACUGGAAAGCUGUCCCUUAUUUAUCAUCUGAAAGGCAGAGGCCAAGCCUUAUCAGCUAAUUACUGCCUCUCACAGAAUCUCCAGCAGUCUGGCCCAAACCAACCCAGGACCACUGGGUGCUACAACGUUUGCUUAGGGCACUGUACUUCGGGUUGGCGUCUUGGGCCAAAAAGAAAAAAAAAAAUCAAUCAAUGAUAGUGUUGUAAGAUCUCUGACUGUAGAGCCAGGCUCCUUGGGUUCAAAUCCCAGCUUUGCCUCCAAUUAGCCCUGUGCCUCAAUUUUCUCAUGUGAAAAAUGAGGAUAAUUAUGGUAUCUAUUUCAUAGGGUUGUAGUGAGGGUCAAGUGAGUUAGUAAAGGUCAGAACAGGGCCUGGCUCAUAGUUAACACAUUUUAUUAUUAUCCUUUGUAACACCACAGUUAUCAUAUUUAGGGUAAUUUUAUAAUUAAGAUCUGUCUCCCUCACUGUACUAGCUCUGUGAAAGCAAGCACCAAGUCCUUUUUCUCUCCCCAUUAUAUUCCCAUGGCCUAGCACCGAGCUUGGCCCUCAGUGAGUGCUCAGUAAAUACUUAUCAAUGAAACGAAUGAAUGACUGCUACUAAGUUGCUGUGUGAUUGCAGUAGAUCAUUUCCCUUCUCUUGUCCUUAAUUAUUUCAUCUGUAAAACCAGAGGUAGAACCAGAUGGUUUGUCACUAAGGCUCUUCCUACCAUUAAUGGACCAUGACCCUAUGAUUCUAAAAAUAACAUUAAUAACAGCUGACACAUUUUGAAAACUUACUACACAGGAGUUCUAAGUGUUUCACAUGUAAUAACUUAACUAAUCCUGACUUUAAAACCUCAGCAGCAGGGGGAUGGUGGCUCACACUUGUAAUCCCAGCACUCUGGGAGGCUGGGAGCCCAGGAAUUCCAGUAGGGGG